AUGGGCUCUCUAACAACAUCUUCUCCGGACAAGAUCAUCCUCCGCAGUGCGGGCGCUGCCAGUGCCCAAGGAUCCAGACCGUCGCAACAAGACCAAUAUACUCUCAUUCUCCCGAGACAAAUAUCGACAGAAUCAGGAAAGAAUAUUCUCUGCUCUGCUGUCUACGACGGACAUGUAACGGCCGACGUCGCCAUUCACGCCCGAGAAAACCUGCCCCGCUUCAUACUCGACUCUCCCGAUCUGCAGACAGGCCAGUAUGAGAACGUGAUUGAGAGCGCGACUAAGCAGGAAGAAGCACUACUUUGGAAAGAGUUCAAGGGCGGAAACGAAGUCUGUGGCGAAUCCGGUUCUACACUCGCCGUCUGUCUGCUCGAUCUCACAGACGGCGUACUGGUAGUGGGCAACCUCGGCGACUCACACGUUCUUCUCUGCGAACAACAGACCAAGAAACCCUGGGAGGUGCACCGCAUCACAAAAGCCCACAAACCCGGCUCCCGGACCGAAAGAUCGCGCAUUGAAGAAGCUGGCGGUGUUAUUAACCAGGAGUUCGGCUCCCCGCGCCUCGGCUCCCUGAACAUGUCCCGCGCCCUGGGCGAUCUGCAGUACAAAGAGCCGCUGAUCAACGCGGCGCGGCCGUUCUCGGUCGAGCAGGAGAUCGCGGGGUUCAAGGCCGGGCAGGACCAGGGGGAUCUGCUCUCGCGGCUGCCGUCGAUCGAGCGGCGGGAGCUGAGUCGAGACAGGCAGUAUGUUCUGCUGGUCACGUCGGAUGGGGUCACGGAUGAGAUGGAGGAUCGGGCGGUUUUGAACCGGGUGAUUGCGCAUCUGGGGCAUGGGCUGGAGGCGAGGGAGGUGGCAGGGAAGCUGGUGACGGAGGCGACGAAUAGGCCGCUGAGCGACAAUGCGACUUGUGUUUGUGUAGUUAUGGAUGGGAAUGAAGUCGCCUAG